AUGAAUGACUUUUGGGAUUUUGACUAUCAAACUGAUGCUUUUGUCCAAGAUGGAAGUGAAAACCAACCUCAGUCUAACAUGGAUAGUAGUGGAAAAGAAAAUGUAAGUGAGGUUGAAAGUAAAGAAAGAAGUGAAACAAAGCAGGAAGAUGAUAGUGAUGAUAAUGAUUAUUGGGUGGAUGAAGAUAAUGUAAUUGAAGAUGUUGAAGUUGAUAUGAGGGAUUUUAACAUGAGCAUUGCUACAAAAGUAGAGUUCUUGGAUAAAAGGGCUAGGAAUCCUAUACAACAUGAGAGUGACGAAGAAGUAGAUGAGUUAGAUGUCAUUGACAAUGUUGCUUUUGAUUCCGUGGAUGAGGAUUCUGAUCAGGACAGAAAGAGAAGAGCAGUUUUGAAACAACUAAGUAAGGAAAAAAGUUGUUCUUUAGGUGAGGUUCAUAAGUGUCAUUUUAAAAUAGGUCAAAAAUUGAGGGCCAUAUGUAAUGGAGUUGUGGCAUUUAAUAAUGAUGUAGUUAGUGGACCUACCCAAGCUGAAAAAAGGAAAGGGAAAAGUAAAGAAAAGGACAAACAAGGUGGGACAAGUCAGGAAAAAGCAGAUUCUUCUUGUCCUUGGAUGUUACAUGCCUCGAGGUCUUCAGAUGCAAGCAGCUGGUACAUUAAAACAUAUGAAGACAAACACACUUGUAUGAAUACAAGGAAGGUGAGAGCUGCAACAACAAAGUUUAUGUCCAAACAAAUCAUGGAUCAAGUAGAAUCCAACCCUACUAUCCUAGUUAAAGCUCUCCAAGAACAAUUACAGAAGAAGUAUGGAGUGGGUUUCUCAAUUCAUAAAGUUUUUAGAGCUAAAGCAGAUGCAAAAAAGAUUGUAGUGGGUGAUUACAAAAAACAGUAUGAAGUUCUGAGAGACUAUAUCCUUGAGUUGCAGUCAACCAAUCCUGAUACCACAGUCAAAUUAGAACUUGGAGAUGUUUCAGAAUCUAAUUUGGGAUUCAAAGCUUGUUUAAGAGAUUUCUUGGGGCUAGAUGGGGCUCAUAUGAAAGGCCCUUAUCCAGGCCAAAUCUUAACUGCAGUUGGAUUAGAUUCCAACAAUGGCAUAUACCCACUUGCAUAUGUAAUUGUAAAGAUUGAAAAUUGUGAAUCUUGGAAUUGGUUCCUUGAAUGUCUUGGUGAUGACUUAGAUCUACAUGCUAUGUCUAAUUUCACUUUUGUUAGUGACAGACAAAAGGGUUUGCUACAAGCAGUUAGUCAACUGUUCCCAUGUGCUGAGCAUAGGUUCUGUCUCAGACAUAUACAUGAGAACAUGAAGAAACAAUGGAGAACUAAGGAAUAUAAAGAUCACCUUUGGGAUUGUGCCACAGCUACAACAGUGCCAAAGUUUAACCAUUACAUGCACCAAUUCAUUUUAUAUGACAAAUCAGCAUAUGAAUGGUUGAAGUCAAUACCACCACAACAUUGGGCAAAAAGCCAUUUCACAGGGAGAGCAACCACAGGCAUGCUGUUAAACAACCUUUGUGAGGUGUUUAAUGGCAAGCUGGUUGAUGGGAGAGACAAACCAAUUAUUAGCUGCAUGGAGUUUAUUAGGGAAUAUAUGAUGAAGAGGAUAUGUAAUGUCCUCAAGGUGCAACAAAAGUGUGUAGGCCCACUCACCCCAACAGCAACAAAGAUCAUGGAGAAGAAUGAAGCAGCUGCUACUCAGUACAUUGCAUAA